UUUAUCUAGAAUAGAGGUAUCUUAUAUAACCACAAUGUCGCAACUUGAAAAUUCCUUGUUUCAGUUAAAAGUACGGAUUCAAUUAUCACCAUGAUUGAGGCAGCUUCUGGUUUGCCUUCCGAUGGCUUGCACCGGGUCUUUAUACUAACCCUUUUUAGUUCACUGCAAAGCAGUUAAACAAACAGGCUGCUAAGGCCGCAAAGGAAGAAACCGCCGAAAAGAACAAGGUCAAAAAGGCCAUGUUGGCGGGAACCAACGAUAUUGCACAGUUGUACGCGCAAAAUGCCAUCAGGAAGGCCAACGAGCGCCUCAGUUUGUUGAGAUUGUCCUGCCGAAUCGACGCCGUUGCCUCGAGGGUACAGACCGCCGUUACGAUGAGGAACGUUACUGGUAACAUGACCCAGGUCAUCAAAGGCAUGGACAAAGCGUUGCAGUCCAUGAACAUGGAGCGGAUCUCGCUUGUCAUGGAGAAGUUUGAGUCGCAGUUUGAGGACUUGGACGCCAGUUCUGAGUACUACGAAACCGUCUCAAAUAACACCAAUGCUGUGAGUACCCCGCAGGAAGACGUGGAUUUGUUAAUGUCCAGGAUUGCCGACGAAGCCGGGUUGGAGGUGGAACAUAACUUGGGCAGCGCUAACACGAACAAGUUGGAGCUGCCAAGCCUCAAGCUGAAGGUGAAUGAGGAAACGGAGGACCGUUUGGCCGAAAAGUUGAGAGCUUUGAGAGGGUAAUAUAAUUAUACGAGAUCAUGCUAACUACGUUGUAAAUGCGAUAAAAUGGCGUCUAGCUAUUCGAGGAUGGCUUAGUGUCAUUAAAGACAGGUCUUGUGGCUCGAUGUUAGUGUGAGUACAAAUGGCUACGUUUCGUUUAAAUGCCUUUUGUAUCUGUUUAGAUUCUAGUGGAGGCCAUUCAGUGUCACCAGGUAACUCCCCGAGUUUCGUUCAACAGGAUCGUCCUGCUUCUCAUGAGCGUCUAUGCCGUUUCUAG